GCAAAUUAGAACUCUAUCGCCGAAGGGAACAGCGAGGCUAGGCAAUUACGGAAGGCUACGGCUUGGGGCAUGGAAGGUUAAUUACACCAACGAUUCAGGGAUAAAAUAAAGGCCGACCAUGUUAUGAUAACGAUCACGGCGAGAGCAUGGUACUGCCGGAGACCACUUCGAGAUGUAUCACGGGGAGCGUCACGGCGGCGCACAACUUCGAGGUGGCCAGCUACCCGCUGCUCGAAGGCAUGGGCGUCGGAAAGUAUGUGAGCUCGAGCAACUUCAGCGCCGGCGGCCACGACUGGUGCAUCCGGUUCUACCUGGACGGAGCCACGGAGCACUACGCUGGCAACGCGUCGGUCUACCUGUGCUACCUCGGCCAGGCGAAUCACGUCCGGGCAAAGUUCACCUUGACCAUGCUGGAGAAACAGGGCAAAGUGCAGGUAACGGACAAGGGCCGUCAAGAGCAUGAGUUUUCUAGGGUACAUCCUGACCGGGGAUUCCCCAAGUUUGUCGAGAAAUCGAGGCUGUUGGGAUCAUCCUCCCUCCUCGACGAUGACGGCUACCUGACAAUUAGGUGCGUCCUCACCAUGAUCAAACCGCCGCGCACUGAGCUCAGGAAAGACCUCGUUGUGGUUCCGUCUGUGGAGCUUCCCGGUCACCUCGCCCGCGCUCUCAGGGAUGGGACAGAGGCGGACGUCACAUUUCGCGUGGGAGGCCGGGCGUUCGACGCGCACAGGACCAUCCUCGCCGCACGGUCGCCCGUCUUCCAAGCAAUGCUCUUUGGCCCGAUGAUGGAGAAGGAUACGCGGAGUGUAGAGGUCGUGAACGUGGAGCCCGGCAUCUUCGAGAUGCUCCUUCACUUCAUCUACACGGACUCGCUGCCCCCGUGCAGCGACGGCGGCGAAGAAGAUCACAGCUCCGCCGCGAUGCAACAUCUGUUGGUCGCCGCUGAUCGCUACGGGAUGAACAGGCUGAAACUCAUGUGCCAAGACAGGCUCUGCAAAAGCAUCGACGUGGAGACCGUCACCACGACGUACGUGCUGGCGAAUCAGCACGACUGCGAGCACCUCAGGAACGCCUGCUUGGAGUUCAUAUCGUCGUCGACGGAAGUAACCGACGCCGUCGUGGAGAGCGAAGGCUUCAAGCAUGUCUUGGCAAGUUGGUCCCUUCUAGAGAAGAGAAGCGGCAACAAGGUCGCCCAGAAGUAGUCCAAUCGAAAAUUCUCAGUAUGGAUUCUGGAUGAUUUUCUUUGUUAGCGUGCAUAAAUUAUGAAGUCCAACCCUAUGUUUAAAAUAAUAAAUACACUUCGAAAUGAUA